AUGUCGGCUCUCAGAAGCCCCAGUUCCCGUGGUCUUCGUAAGCUCACUUCACAUCGCUCACCACUUGCUACGAGCACCUGCCGAUCAUUCUCGAUCCUCAAUCGGCCUAAGCCCAAUUACCCUGGCCAUGUGCCAUUGACAACAAUUGAACGCGGCGCUCUGGCCCUAGGCUCGGCAUUUGGUUCAUUGAUCAAUCCCCGUAGAGCAGAUCUUAUUGCCGCGUUGGGUGAGGCGACCGCAACUCCAUACUUUAUCUAUCGUCUUCGAGAUGCGAUGCUCUCCAACCCCACUGGUCGACGCAUUCUUCGCGAUCGCCCGCGCAUAACCUCGGAGACCCUCCAAAUGUCCUACCUGCGCACUCUUCCCGAGAACUCUGUUGGUCGCACGUACGCCACCUGGCUCGACCGAGAGGGUGUCUCCCCAGACACACGGGACAGUGUACAAUACAUUGAUGAUGAAGAAUGUGCAUACGUUAUGCAGCGGUAUCGCGAAUGCCAUGAUUUCUACCACGCGGUGACGGGUCUCCCUAUUUUUGUUGAAGGUGAACUGGCCUUGAAGGCAUUGGAGUUCUUGAACACGCUUCUUCCUAUGACCGGGUUGAGUCUCUUCGCUUUUGUUCGGAUGAAGCCCGCAGAGAAGGAGCGCUUCUUGACCCUGCAUUUGCCGUGGGCAAUCCGCAGCGGGUUGAAAAGUGAGGAGUUGAUCAAUGUGUACUGGGAAGAGGUACUGGAGAAGGAUGUGAAUGAACUACGAGCGGAGCUCAAUAUCGAACAGCCACCGGAUUUGAGAGAGAUUCGAAAAAUGAUGAGGCAGCAGCAGAAGCGGGAGAAAGAAAGGCUGGAACAGAUGUCGAGUUGA